AAAGAAAUCUAAUUCUUAAUAAAAAAUAAUAGAUUAGAGAAGGAGAGGUAUUUCCUUUAUUUGAGGGGCGGGACUGUAGAAGGCCAGAAUUCGAGGGACCGAAAAAAAAAACUGCGGGAGAUGCUGUACCACUUGUGCUGACGCCGCCGAGUAAAAUAUAAUGCAAAAAUGGCGCUUCCCACAGCCAGUCAGCCACCGUCGCCGCUCGCCGGGGCCAGGGCAGGGCGGUUGGUAUACUUUGGUUGUUGCAUUUCCUUGGCGAAGGAGAAGCAAGCCGCCCGUCCUUUUGCCGCUGGCGAUGCUCGCCGGCAGCUGCGUCUUUGUCGCCCUCGCGCUGCUUCUGCCGUCGGUACCGCCGGCCGCGGCGACCCAGGAGUUUUACUGCGACGAUUCCACCUAUGCGGACAACAGCACGUUCCAGGCGAACCUGAACCUCCUCGGCGCGGCGCUCCCCGCCAACGCCUCCGCCUCGCCGGCAGGGUACGCCACAGGCGCCGUCGGUGCGGCGCCGGACCAGGUCAACGGGAUGGUGCUCUGCCGCGGCGACACGAACGCUUCCUCCUGCUCCUCCUGCGUCGCGGCUGCGUUCCGGGACGCGCAGCAGCGCUGCCCCCUCACGAAGGGCGCCACCGUCUACAAGGACGAUUGCACCCUUCGCUUCGCCGGCAUCCGGUUCCUCGACUUCCUCAGAGAGGACCAGUGGCUCGUCUCAGAAUUGGUUCCCUCGAUUGACCCGGGCCCUGGGAGCGUCAACGCCGCAGAUGCCUGGUUCGACGCCGCCGUUACGGGGAUCUUCACGGCCCUGGUCGACCGCGCGGCGGCGGCGAGCAACGCGACGAGGAAGUACUUCGCCACGGGGGAGAUGGAUUUCGACCCUAAGCUCUACGGGCUCGCGCAGUGCGCGCCGGAUCUGACGCUGGCGCAGUGCCAGAGCUGCCUCGGAGACCUCGAGUCGAGGGUGACGACGCAGUUCCUGAGCGGACGGCCCCUCGGGAACAACGCUUUCCAUGUGUGGUGCUCCCUGAGGUAUAGUGUGUCGCCGUUCUACGCCGGCCGGGCGAUGCUGCAGCUUCCGGCGCCGCCGGCACCUCCACCAACGGCCACGCCCACGCCCCAUUCUUCAGGGAGGAAAAUGAAUGCAGCAGGAAUCUCUGCAGGCAUAACCUGUGUUGUUGUGUUGAUGUUAAUUCUUUCGGUCUUUUUCUUUAUUCGCUUCAGGCUAAGGAUUAAAGUGAAGAAAAAUGAUCACUCACUGAAGAAGAUAGGGAGAGCUCAAUGCACGAUCUUUGAUUUGCUGACGCUGGAAGAGGCGACUGAACAUUUCUCAGAGAAAAAUAAGCUUGGAGAAGGUGGUUUUGGUAUUGUGUACAAGGGGAUACUGUCAGACGGGCAAGAGAUAGCAGUCAAGAAACUUUUAGGAAGAGCCGGGUCUGGGUUAGAUCAGCUACAGAAUGAGGUGCAGCUACUGGCAGAGCUUCAGCACAAGAAUCUUGUUGGGUUACAGGGUUUCUGCUCGCAUCAUAAUGAUACACUGCUAGUUUAUGAAUACAUCAAGAAUGGGAGCCUUGACAGCAUUCUAUUUGAUGAUAGCAAGGGAAAUGCACUUGACUGGGAGCAACAGUACAACAUCAUCUUUGGAAUUGCCAAGGGGAUAUUGUAUCUCCAUGAGGACUCAACCAUGAGGAUCAUCCAUCGGGACCUGAAGGCAAAUAACAUUCUUCUUGAUGACAACAUGGAACCGAAAAUUGCAGAUUUUGGGUUGGCAAGGCUUAUAGGAGAAGGCCACACCCAUACUCAGACAGCCAGAGUUGUUGGGACAUUCGGCUAUAUGGCGCCAGAGUAUGUAUUGCAUGGUCGUGUGUCGCCCAAGAUCGACAUCUUUAGCUUCGGCGUGUUGGUCCUUGAGAUCGUGACCAGGAGAAGCAACUGCAACUCUGAUGACCACAGCACUGUGAAUCUCCUUAGUGAUGUCUGGGAUCACUGGAAGAAAGGGACGAUGUCGCAAAUGCUUCAUGGAUCGCUGAAUGAGUUUGCUCGAAGCCAAGCGCUGCGAUGCAUCCACAUUGGCCUGCUGUGUGUCCAGCCGGAACCUGACGAUAGGCCUGACAUAUCAGCCGUAGUGUUCAUGCUAACCAGGGAUAGCAUAGAGCUCAAGCCGCCGGCGCAGCCUGCAUUCUUCUUUGGUAGCGAAUCACCUUCAGCUUCACGGUCAGAUGGUCAAAGCAGCUAUGUAUAUGCCCGGUCUGGUUUCAUGCUGGAACAGGGCGUCUCUGUGAACGGGAUUACACUCAGUGAACUGUAUCCUAGAUAGGAUCAAAGUCUGGAUACUGAGCUCAUGGAAUACAGCUGAAACUUAACCACUUUGGUUAACAUGUUGAACUCUCUAUGAGUUCCCAAAUUGGCAUGCAGAAAUGGGUUUUCAUAAAAA